AUGACUAGCGGAUUAAAGAUAUUCUUGUAUAUAAUUCGAAAAAAGGACCCCGAUAAUGCAUUGAAACUACUAUUAAACUCUGUCAUAAUUCUUAUCUCCGUUGGGCGUUCCACCUCGGAUGACGAGAUGGAGACAGAAAAGCGUUUUCGCUUUUCUGUCUCCUUCAUCCGAGGGGAAGCCGCAACAGGAAAGAACAAGGGAGAAAGAGGACCGCACGCAGGAGCCAAGGGAGGACGAGGACGGACACCCGCAGGGCGAAGACGACGAGCACGAGAACGACGUGGCCGAGCCACACAGAGGCGGACACGACGACCAACAGCAGCAGGAGAAAACAGUUUUUGUUUUUUAGUGGUUCUCUCUAGCUCCGAAGAGCAGAGAGAAACCAAAAAGUGGUUUCUUUUUCUCACGGGGAGAGAAGCAGAACGAGGAAAAAGGCUAAUAAAGAAGGACAAACGAGGAUUAAAAUUUAAUUUCUUUAGAAAUUAG